AUGGCUACGUACGGUCGAAUAGAUGAAUACGACGAGAGUGAAGAAUGGACACAGUAUGUGGAGCGAAUGGAUCACUAUUUCGAAGCGAAUGAUAUCGAAGACAAAGAUAAGAAACGCUCGAUUUUCCUGAGUGUUAUAGGUGCGAAAACCUAUAAACUACUGCGAGGUUUAAUACGGCCAGAGGUUCCGAACAAAUUGUCAUAUGAAGAAUUAUCUGAAGCUAUAAAAAACCAUUAUGUUCCGAAGCCAUCAGUAAUUGUACAACGUUAUAAAUUUAAUACUCGGGUCAGAAGAAACGACGAAUCAAUCUCGACUUUUAUGGCCGAACUUCGGGCAUUGUCUGAACAUUGUGAGUUCGGUAGUGCAUUAGAUGAAAUGUUGAGAGAUCGAUUAGUCUGUGGUGUCAACGAAGAUCGAAUACAGAGACGUUUACUGGCUGAACCGACAUUAGAUUUAAAACGAGCUUUAGAAAUUGCACACGGGAUGGAAACAGCCGCUAAAGAUGUUCGUGACUUGAAGGGAGAAAUGCCAAAUAAACACUCGAUGAAUAAAUUACACGGCGGUAGACACAGCGACGAAUACAAAGAAUGUUAUCGUUGUGGUGGUAAACACGACCAUACAAAGUGCCGGUUUAAAACUGAAAAGUGCCAUCAAUGCGGUAAAAUUGGACACAUAGCGAAAGUGUGCCGAAGUUCUAAGAAGGUUUCAAGCGAGAAACGACUAAAGCAAGGGAAAAACUUUCGGGGGAAAAAAGGACGGGAUUCGGAAAUGAAUAAAGUUGAACAGCAUCAACGCGACGAAGAGCUAGCGUAUAAUUUAUUCAGCUUCAAAGACAAAGAGAAAACACCGCCGUAUCGCGAAAAAAUGACAGUGAAUGGUAUUGAUAUCAACAUGGAGAUUGAUACGGGAGCAUCGUUCUCGGUGAUUAAUGAGAAAACAUUGCAAGAAAUUAGUCGCGGUAAAGGAAAUCUCGACUUAAAACAAACUGAAAUUUCCUUACGUACCUACACUGGUGAGAAAAUAUCUCCGAAGGGAAUUACUGAAGUGGUGGUCGAAUACAAUAACCAAGUUAGUCGGUUACCAUUAUUGGUGCUGAAAGGCAAUGGUCCUAAUUUGAUUGGUCGAAAUUGGCUUGAAAACAUUUGCUUAAAUUGGACAAGCAUCAAACGACUAGCCAAGCCUAACUUAGAAGAGGUUUUAAACAAGUACGACGACUUGUUUACAGACGAAUUAGGCAAAUUGAAUGGCGUGACUGCCAAGAUUUACGUCGACCCGUCAACGAAACCGAUUUUUUGUAAAGCUCGGUCGGUACCAUACACGAUGAAACCUAAGAUUGAAAAGGAACUCGAAAGGCUCGAAAGACAAGGAACAAUUGAAACCGUACAGUAUUCAGAUUGGGCAACGCCAGUGGUACCAAUCAUGAAACCUGACGGAAGUGUUCGAUUGUGUGGGGACUACAAAAGGACUGUGAACAAAGUUUCCCGCUUGGAUCGGAUGCCUACCCUUUACCUAAGAUCGAAGAAGUUCACAAUAAACUGGCAGGAGGGAAAACAUUCACUGAGCUCGAUUUAA